UGGAUAAGAGUGCCGCAAGUCGUGUCUCUUCUUGAAAUAAACACGGGGAAGUUAAAGGAUGCAAGACAGCACUUGGAUAAGAUCAGAUGACUUCUGCUGUGCAGAAAUGAAACAUUUCAGCUCACAGAUCUGGUAAAAAAUAAAAAGAAGCGAAAGUAGAUAGGGAGUCUUUCUCAUUGGACAGGUGUGUGAGUGAGAGACUGUGAGAGACAUGGACAUGGAGAUGGAGAUGAUGGGCUCUCUGAAACAUCAGACAGAGGCUCUGAAACUUUUACACGAGCUUCAUUCAAACAGGAAGGUUAGAAAUAACUCCAACACAAACAGCACGACUCUACUUAUAGCUGAAAGAGCCAGGGAAAGUUUAUUAGCUCGUCUGGUGGACAUUUUAUCUCAGAUCAUAUCAAUAGAGCAGGAUUUAAUGAGAAGUCUCUCUGGAGAAGUGAGAUGUUUCCUCCGCCACAAGGACAGCGUGGACUUGAAGAACAUCUGCUUGAGGAUGGCUCUGAGCGAAAGCGGCCAUGAUUCGGACAGAAACCUGAAGGAGCUCCGGAUCUGUCUGCAGAUCCUCGUCAACAACCUGCUCUCAGCGGCGCGCGACCACAAUCACUUAUCGUCCACAGGAGCCACUCGACGGCUAAUGGGCAUAUCCAUCACCCUGCCUGACAUCUGAACUGCCGUGUUAUGUGGAGAGCUGCCUGCUUUUCACGCGGAACUGACAGCAGUGACUGACUGGAGGGCUUUUUUUUUACUGGUCUUUUUAGCAUUUUAAACGAGGCCGAGCUGAGGCGCACCCGGAGCUCCAGCAGGAUCCUGGGCUUGGCUGGAUCACUGGAACAGCUCCAACUACCUCACAGGGUUGAGCUCGAAAUGAGCUCUUUUAUUUGAUUUGUGAAGGUAACAAAUCCCAGAAUAUGUGACCUCUGAUCUAUAAGCCUGCAUUCUUUGCUUAAUUGUGUAGGGUUUUUUAUUUUUAAUAAUUUUAUUUUUGUAUUGUCAGUGUAUAGAUGCAUUUCCAUUGUAAUAACCUGGGGUGUUUUUCCUCUUAUUUUUAUUUUUUAUCUAUGUAUGCUUAUUUAUUACGCUCAUUUGGCUGAUUGUUUUCUCCAAAGCAACUUGUGUUUGAGACAGGAUUACAACUAAGUAUCGGAGCGUUAACUGCAGAUUGCAGUGAUGCUGGUAACCUCACAACCUUUGACUCACAACCUUUUUACUAUAUUAAACAACACUAAUGUAACAGUUCGUUUCUGAGAAAAGGAAAUUGGGAACUUUUUUUUUUUUAAUGAGGGUACAGUGGGGUGUUUUUUUUUUUUUUUUUUUUUUUUUUUUUUGUUUUGUUUUUUUUUUUGGAUAAACUUUUAGACAAGUGUUAAAGGUAGAACUACUUUGUGUACUUGUACUUCUACUACUUCUUUUCUGUUUGAAAACAUGAAGGUUACAUUGUCAGUGUUAUUGUCAAUGUGAAGGCGUAUCUCCAUUGUAAUGACCUGAAUCGUUUCACCCAUCUGUGCCUAUUUAUUAGGAUAGUGUAAUAGUUGGCUGUUUGGUCAUACUUCUGUUGUUAUCUCCAUAAUGUCAACCAGGACAUGCUUUAUAAUGCCUUUCCGCUUAGCAGGCCGUUUUACAGGUGUAACAAGUUCAGUGACUGACAACGCAGAAAAGUAUUUGACCGAGCAAUAUUAUUAGCACCUAAACAAACAACAAACUGUGUUUUACUGUGUGGCAGUUAAAGGGUAGUCCCGAACUGUACUCUCUCAGAAAGGAAGGUACAUUUCCGUAUAGCUGGGGUGGCAUUCUCAAGGGUACAACUUUUGUACCUGUAGCCAUUUAUCUUGGAUGUUGCAUGUAGUUUACUUUUAAAGCUUUACUCUAACAACUACAGUUCAUUUAUACACUUUAAGUUAUUUUAAAGGUACAUUUAUAUCUGUUUCCAGGUGAAAGAUGUGUAUUAAAUGUACAAAAGAUUGGCACAACACCAGCAAUGAAGAAAUGUACAGUUUUUAGUGUGGGGUUUUUAUUUUAUUAUUUUUUUUAUUUAUUUAUUUUUUUAAAUGACGAGGUAGAGGUCAGUGCAUGGACUUUGUCAAGACCUUAAUUAAAAACUUAAUUUAUAAAUUAUUAAAUACUGUACAUACUGAUUAAAGUAUUGAUGAAGCACAUUAAUAAAAUCUGCAUCAUAAUGAUAAAUCUCAAGUGUAACUGUACUGCAAAGUGUAAAAUGAUGUUAAAAAAUAAAAUCUUGUGUAUUGGUAUUGAUCCAAUAAAUAUCCAAGGAAAAUGGAUGGUUCUAGCAAUUAUUUUAACUCUGAGGCAUGACCAUGUUCAUUCUGACCUUGACUCGUGUGUGUGUGUGUGUGUGUGUGUGUGUGUGUAUAAAAUGUGUGUGUAUAUAUACACACACAUGAGUUGUCUAGUUACUUCUUAGCAAAUUUGUGCAGUUAUACAGGAUCAUUAGUCCAUUUUGAUUUAAAUAAAUCAACAUUGAGCCAAUUCCUUAAAUAUUACAAACUGUAAUGCGACAUGUCUAAAAACCAUGGGCAUGCUACUUUUUUUUAACUGUAGCCUGCUUUUGUAAACAGUGUCAUUAUAAACAUUGACAAUUUGUGAAGUACAAACAAAUAACUUGUAACCUGUUACAUUAGGUUAUAAACUGGGUGCUUUUGACAUCAGUGUGGUUCCAGAGUUAAGUGAAUUGUUAAUGGUAGUGUCACUCUCCACUGUAUAUCCUAUGCUGUAUGAGGUUGGCUUGCGAGUUGUCUUGAAGUGAGCAAUAGUAAAUGGUUGUAUUGUU